ACAAGCUGCCCCAAAUAGUGAGGAAAACAAAACAGUCCCCAAAUUUCGACUCUUUAUCUUUCUCUCUCCCACACCUUCAUUUUAAGUCAAGUCUUCUCCAACUGUCUCUUUUCCUAGAAAAACCCACAAUACUCAACCCUCUACCUUUCCUAUACUCCUUUCUCAACUAUAAGUACCUACCUCAAUUAUUCAAAUUCCCAAAACUCAACACAUAAAAAAACUCUCUUCUUUUCUCUCUCUCUCUUUCUCUCUAUCUAAAGUAAACCAAAACAUUACCAAUUACACACUUAAUUAACCUAACUUUUUUUCUUCCAUUUCAACAUGACUCGCUCACUUAGAACAUUACAAUCCAUUUCCUCCGCCGCACCUCCGCCGGACUCCACCGCCUCAUUAGAAUCCGACUUCGUUGUCAUCCUCGCCGCCCUCCUCUGCGCUCUCAUAUCCGUCGUCGGCCUCACCGCCAUCGCCCGAUGCGCUUGGCUCCGCCGCGGCCCUGCCGCCGGAGCCUCCCCGGCCACAGCCGUCGCUAACAAAGGUCUCAAAAAGAAAGUUCUCAAUUCACUUCCGAAAUUCACCUACCUCGACGACACUCCCGGAAAAUGGAUAGUCUCGUCGGAGUGCGCCAUUUGUCUCUCGGAGUUCACCGCCGGCGAAGAGGUUAAAGUACUUCCCCAGUGCGGUCACGGCUUCCACGUGGCAUGUGUAGACACGUGGCUUGGCUCUCACUCUUCGUGUCCUUCUUGCCGAGCUCCUUUCGCCGUCGCUAGGUGUCAGAAAUGCGGCCUAUACCAACCAAAUCCCGCCGGAGAAGUCCCCGGAGAAACAGAGCCGAAGUCCAUCGGCGGCGGCGAGAAUGCAGAAGUUGUUGUUAAUGUUAACUGUAUUAGCGACGGUGUAGAUAGACAUAGCCACAGUGGUUAUAAUGGCUUCUUGCCUUAAAACUUGUUAUAUUAUAUUUUCUUAUUAAUAUUAAUUUGUAUAUUUAAAUGUAAAUUUUAUAUAUAAUUUUGUUUAGAUCUCUGCUUUUUCUUUUCUUUUUUCUCAGUUGAGUUUAUCUCAAUAUACUAAAAUUUUGGGCAAUUUUUCAACUUUUAUCUUACAUUAUCUUUUAUCCAUUAAAUACUCUUUUUCUUUUUGAUAAAGACUAUUAUUAUUAUAAUGAUAUUGAUAUCGAUCAAAGUCUAUUUU